AUGCCGCUGCGAGCGCUGGCCACCACCACCGCCGCUACGCUGCUGGGUACCACUCCGACCAGCUCCACCUCCUCCACCACCACCGCCACCUCCGCUGCCGCCUCCACCGCCUCCACCUCCGCCGCCUCCACCUCCGCCGCUGCCUCCACCACCACCGCUGGCACCACCACCACCGUCUCCGCCACUGCUGCCACCACCACCACCACCCCGGCCACUAGUCCCGCCGCCACCCCCACUCUCUCCGCCGCCACCGCCGCCACCACCACCGCCCCCUCCAGCUCCACCCGCGCCCUUGCCCCCCUUGCCCUUGCUGGAGCGACGUCUCCCACUAGGGGCAGACGCCGCGCCGACCGACUCAAGACCAAGCAGGUCGGCAGCAGCAGCAGAGGCAACAGAGGGCAGCAAGGGGGAAGGAGAGCACCCCUCAAAGAUGGGGGUGCGAGGGUCACCACGAGAAGCACCUACAGCGACUAUGCUCUUCUCCGCUGCGAGGAGGGCCUUCUCGAGGAGGUCGACGGUGAGGGUGGUGGGACAGACUGCGAGAAAGUGGUCCCUGACGACGCUAAGGGAAGCGGCUCGGGUGCAGGGCAGCUAGGCUCCCGGGCGGCUCGGCAGCAGGGCGGCUCGGGUGCAGGACGGGGCCGGGACAGAGGACGGCGGGGCCGUAAGGGUGCAGCGGCGGGGCCGACAGGUGCAGUGGCGGGGCCGUCAGGGUGCAACGGCGGGGCCGUGACAGGGGACGGCGGGGCCGUCAGGGUGCAGCGGCGGGGCCGGGACAGGGGACGGCGGGGCCGUCAGGGUGCAGCGGCGGGGCCGACUGAGGUGCAGUGGCGGGGCCGUCAGGGUGCAGCGGCGGGGCCGUGA